AAAGAACUUGGAAGUUUCUAGACGCAGAUUUGGCGGUAGGGCUGGAAGAUACAGGCGCGAAGGUUCAAUCUUAGCUGAACAAAAAUAUGAGGCAUUCGGUAAAUCGGCCACCAACACCUGAUACACGAGAUGAACAAGAAAAUGAGCCUACACUUAAAGAAAUUAUCAAUAUUAAGUUGAUUGAAAGUGGGGAAAAGGAAAGAUUGAUGGAGCUUUUGAGGGAAAGGCUUGUUGAGUCUGGGUGGAAGGAUGAAAUGAAAGCUCUUUGUAGGGAGUAUAUAAAGAAGAAAGGACGGAACAAUAUAACCAUUGACGACCUUGUACAUGUGAUUACCCCAAAAGGCAGAGCUUCAAUUCCUGAUCCGAUCAAAGCUGAGCUGCUUCAGAGAAUUCGUACAUUUCUUGUUUCUCCCACUCUCUGAUUCAACAGCUUCAUGCAUGAAGAGGGUAGCAAUAUAGGUGAAGAUGUGGCAUUAUGUUUGACUCAUUUCAUCUUGGAACAUCGUUUGUCUAGAUUAUGACCACAAUGAGGGAACCAGGAGCCAUAUGAGAAGAUGUGUUAUUGGCAGUUUGCUUGUACCAAGUUUCGUAGAACUGUAUAAAUUGCUACUUGGUGGUUAC